AUGGGCAACACCCUCACGACCUCCACGCCUGCUUUCCUCCUGCACUCCCACCACUCCCAAACUCAACCCCAGCAACAACAAUCCCCACCCCAAGAAACCACCAACAAACCCCCCAAAACCAACCCCUACGCCGUCAAAGAACCCGCCUUCCAGGGCUACGUCGCCGGCUGGCGCCAAGGCUCCUUCGACUCGGACGCGCAGGAAUUCUCAUUCGCCACGUUUCAGACAUCACAUGUCAGUGUUAAUCGUAAUGAAACCGGAAUGACGGAGGGAUAUGAAGGCGACGAUGAUGAAGACUCCCAGCUAGAUCGGGAUGGGAAUGUGAAUGGGGGGUUGGAGUGUAGAGUUCAGAGGUCUGAGUUUGAGAGGUUGGGGAGGGGGAGGGGGUUUGAGAGGGCUGGGUCGGUGAGGGAGAGGGAGAGGGAGAGGGAUGUAUUGGGGGAUGUUGGGGAGGGGAAGAUGUGGAAGGAGAGGAAGUUUGAGGAGCCGAGUUUGGAGAGGAAGUUGGAGAGGGUUAGGCGGACGGUGGAGGAGGAGCAUGCGUUGCCUGGGAGGGGGUUGGGGUUGGAGGUUGAGAGGGUGGGUUAG